UUAGAACCUCCUCCUCCUCCUCUCUCAGGCUACAAUGUGCAGUUAGUUAGCAGACAGGCUCUGCAAAGCAGCAUGCACAGGCUAUUCUCUGUGUAUACAACAAGGCUGGAGUGAAAAGCUUUUGCAGGGAAUAAAACUUACUGUGCAGAUACCUGUCUGCUUUCAACUGCAUACACUGAGCUGAAGGGAUAUCACAGCAAUACAGAGGCGGCACAAACGGAGAUGCAGAAAUUCAUUCACUGCCUGAAGGAUUGCUCUGGACGCUGAAGGCAGGAAUCACAAUCAACUCACUUGGUCUCUGACGGGAAUAUAAAAGCUUGGUGCUCAGAAAAUAAAAGAGAGAAGUUGCUUUGGAUCCUCGGAUUGGUGCAGCCACCAUGCGUUUUGGAUAAACGACUAGCGCUCCGUGUCCGCCAGAUUUCAAACUUGAGUAUUUUAACAAGUUCUUCAAAAUCGGCGAGCCCCAGAUUGUCCGGCUGGUAUACCCAGCUUGGUGAAAACUAAUUUUCUUUUGUUUUGUUUUAUUGUUUUCUUUCUUGGCUUCUGUUCUCCUUGGCAUUGUCCAGUUGGUUUUUACGAAUGUUUGUGGGAUUUGUGAAGAAGAAAAUGUGUGGCGUAGGUUUCUGGAAGCUUUCCAUCUCGGUGGGGUUGGUGUUGGUGAUCUUGAGCGAGGUGGCACCUCAACCGUGCCCGACUCAGUGCACUUGUAGUGGGACCACGGUGGACUGCCAUGGGUUAUCUUUGCGUAGCGUGCCACGCAACAUUCCCCGGAACACGGAAAGGCUAGAUUUGAAUGGUAACAAUCUCACAAGAAUAACAAAGACAGACUUUGCAGGUCUGCGUCAUCUUCGUGUUUUGCAGCUUAUGGAGAACAAGAUUAGCACCAUUGAAAGGGGAGCGUUUCAAGAUCUGAAAGAGCUGGAUAGAUUACGUUUGAAUCGAAAUAAUCUUCAGGUGUUUCCGGAAUUGCUUUUCCUGACGACUCCGAAGCUCUACAGACUAGACCUCAGUGAAAACCAGAUCCAGGCCAUCCCAAGAAAGGCGUUCCGUGGAGCGGUAGAUAUUAAAAAUCUGCAACUGGAUUUUAACCAGAUCAGCUGCAUUGAAGAUGGGUCUUUCCGAGCUCUGCGCGACCUGGAAGUGCUUACCCUCAACAAUAACAACAUCACUCGACUUUCAGUGGCAAGCUUCAACCACAUGCCAAAACUGCGAAUUUUUCGACUUCACUCCAACAACUUAUACUGUGACUGUAAUCUGGCCUGGCUAUCAGACUGGCUGCGGCAGAGGCCCCGUGUCGGCCUGUACACUCAAUGUAUGGGACCUACCCACCUGAGAGGACACAACGUGGCUGAAGUUCAGAAGCGGGAAUUCAUAUGUACAGGUCAGCAGUCCUUCACGGUAUCUUCUUGCAGUCUCCUGCACUGCCCGGUUGCCUGCACCUGCAGUAAUAACAUUGUGGAUUGCCGAGGAAAAGGAUUGACUGAGAUCCCUACCAACCUGCCUGAGACCAUCACCGAAAUGAGAUUAGAGCAAAACUCAAUCAAGGUCAUACCUCCAGGGGCUUUCUCACCGUAUAAAAAACUACGAAGAAUUGAUUUAAGCAACAACCAGAUAUCGGAAAUUGCUCCAGAUGCAUUUCAAGGCCUGCGUUCCCUCAACUCCUUGGUUCUCUAUGGAAACAAAAUCACAGAGCUCCCUCAGAGUGUGUUUGAAGGCCUGUUUUCAUUACAGCUACUAUUGCUCAAUGCCAACAAGAUAAAUUGUCUGCGGGUAGGUGCUUUCCAGGAUCUCCACAACCUGAACCUUCUGUCUUUGUAUGACAACAAACUUCAAACCAUUGCCAAGGGCACAUUCGCUCCUCUUCGUGCCAUUCAAACACUGCAUUUGGCUCAGAACCCAUUUAUCUGUGACUGCCAUCUGAAGUGGCUGGCGGAUUAUCUUCAUACAAACCCUAUUGAGACCAGUGGUGCCCGCUGCACCAGCCCCCGCCGACUGGCAAACAAAAGAAUCGGGCAGAUCAAAAGCAAGAAAUUCCGCUGUUCAGGUACAGAAGACUACAGGUCCAAACUAAGUGGAGAUUGUUUUGCUGACCUGGCAUGUCCAGAGAAGUGUCGUUGUGAAGGAACUACUGUAGACUGUUCAAACCAGAAGCUCAAUAAAAUCCCAGAUCACAUUCCUCAGUACACAGCUGAGCUGCGUCUCAAUAAUAAUGAGUUUACAGUUAUAGAAGCAACUGGAAUCUUUAAGAAGCUCCCACAGCUGCGGAAAAUAAAUCUAAGCAAUAACAAGAUUACUGAUAUUGAAGAAGGAGCCUUUGAGGGAGCCAAUGGAGUGAAUGAGCUCAUCCUGACAAGCAACCGAAUAGAGAAUGUUCACCAUAAAAUUUUUAAAGGCCUGGAUGGACUAAAAUCUCUGAUGCUGAGAAGUAAUCACAUUAGCUGUGUGAAUAAUGACAGUUUUACUGGCCUGAGCUCUGUGCGAUUACUUUCUCUGUAUGACAAUCAGAUUGUCACAGUUGCCCCUGGAGCAUUCGACACAUUGCAUUCCCUGUCUACACUGAACCUUCUGGGGAACCCAUUUAACUGUAACUGUCACCUGGCCUGGCUGGGAAACUGGCUUAGGAAGAAACGUAUUGUGACUGGAAAUCCAAGAUGCCAAACAUACUUCCUGAAGGAGAUUCCCAUACAAGAUGUUGCAAUACAGGACUUUACCUGUGAUGAUGGCAAUGAUGACAACACUUGCUCACCACUCGCUCGUUGCCCAGCAGAAUGUACCUGCUUAGAUACAAUGGUUCGCUGCAGUAACAAAGGACUAAAAGCAUUACCUAAAGGCAUUCCUAAGGAUGUCACAGAGCUGUACUGGAAUGGAAAUCAGUUUAACCUUGUCCCGAAGGAGCUGUCCAAUUAUAGGCACUUGACACUUAUUGACCUGAGCAAUAACAAGAUCAGCACUUUGUCCAAUCAUAGCUUCAGCAAUAUGACACAGCUUCUCACCUUGAUUCUAAGUUACAAUCGACUAAGAUGCAUUCCUCUACGGGCUUUCAGUGGACUUAAUUCCCUAAGACUCCUAUCCCUCCAUGGAAAUGAUGUAUCCUCUGUACCACAAGGAGCAUUCAACGACCUCUCCUCUCUGUCACACUUGGCCAUCGGGGCAAACCCUCUGCACUGCGACUGUAACUUGCAAUGGUUGUCAGAAUGGGUGAAGUCUGAAUACAAGGAACCUGGUAUUGCUAGGUGUGCUGGACCUGGGGACCUGGCAGAAAAACUUCUUCUUACUACUCCAUCCAAAAAGUUCACGUGUCAUGGACCAGUGGAUGUCAACAUUCUUGCCAAAUGUAACCCAUGUUUAUCAAAUCCCUGCAAAAAUGAGGGCACCUGCAACAAUGACCCAGUUGACUUCUAUCGCUGUACAUGUCCCUAUGGCUUUAAGGGUCAAGACUGUGAUGUACCUAUUCAUGCUUGUAUCAGCAACCCAUGUAAACAUGGAGGAACUUGCCACUUGAAGGAAGGAGAUAAAGAUGGAUAUUGGUGUACCUGUUCAGAUGGCUUUGAAGGUGAAAACUGUGAGGUGAACAUUGAUGACUGUGAAGAUAAUGACUGUGAGAAUAAUUCCACUUGUGUGGAUGGAGUCAACAACUACACCUGCCUCUGUCCACCAGAAUACACAGGAGAACUAUGUGAAGAGAAGCUGGAUUUCUGCUCCCAGGAAGUAAACCCAUGUCUACACGACUCCAAAUGCAUCUUGAUACCAAAGGGAUACAAAUGUGACUGCACUCCAGGAUACGUUGGUGAGCACUGUGAAACUGACUAUGAUGACUGCCAAAACAACAAGUGUCGGAAUGGUGCGCGUUGUACGGAUGCCGUGAACGGCUAUACCUGUGUGUGUUCAGAUGGCUUCAGUGGACUCUUCUGUGAGUACCCACCACCCAUGGUCUUACCUCGUACAAGUCCCUGUGAUAAUUUUGAGUGUCUGAAUGGAGCAGAAUGCAUUGUGAAAGGCACUGACCCCUCGUGUCAGUGUGUGUCGGGAUAUCAAGGGAGCAAGUGUGAGAAACUAACAAGCGUCAACUUUGUAAACAAGGAAUCUUACCUGCAAAUGUCAUCGAUGAGGAUCCGCGCACAGACCAAUAUCUCAGUGCAGGUGGCUACAGAUGAAGACAGCGGCAUCUUGCUCUACAAGGGUGACAAGGACCACAUAGCAGUGGAGCUGUACAGAGGAAGAGUACGUGUUAGCUAUGACACUGGAAGCUACCCAGCAUCUGCCAUUUACAGCGUUGAGACGAUAAAUGAUGGCCACUUUCACACCGUGGAACUUGUAAGCCUGGAUCAAACGCUGUCACUGAUAGUGGAUGGAGGAAACCCUAAGACCAUCACUAAUUUGUCAAAACAAUCCUCUCUCGGCUUCGACUCUCCGCUAUAUAUAGGAGGUAUGCCUUUGAAAAACAAUGUUGCUGUUUUGCGGCAAGCUCCUGGACAGAAUGGAACCAGCUUUCAAGGCUGCAUCCGGAACCUGCAUGUAAACAACGAUCUACAAGACUUUAAGAAGUUCAAUCUGCCGACUGGAAUUGUUCAUGGUUGUGAGCCAUGCCACAAGAAGUUAUGCGUGCAUGGAACUUGUCUGGCCACAAGUCCGUCUGGGUUCACUUGUGAGUGUGAAGGAGGCUGGUCAGGACCUCUCUGUGAUCAACAGUCCAAUGACCCUUGUCUGGGAAAUAAAUGUGUACAUGGCACCUGCCUGCCGAUCAAUGCAUUUUCCUACAGCUGUAAAUGUUCCUCAGGCUAUGGUGGAGUUCUGUGUGACGAAAUUGAAGAACAGUUUAACCCUUGCCAGUCUGUUAAAUGUAAACAUGGCAAAUGCCGAAUCUCAGGCCUUGGGAAAGCCUACUGUGAGUGCAACAGUGGCUAUACCGGAGACAGCUGUGAUAAAGAAAUCUCUUGCCGAGGGGAACGGAUCAGAGAUUAUUACCAAAAACAGCAAGGUUAUGCAGCUUGCCAGACGACCGAGAAGGUAUCGAGACUAGAAUGCAGAGGAGGCUGCUCCAAUGGUCAGUGCUGCGGACCCCUGAGAAGCAAGAGACGGAAAUAUGUUUUUGAGUGCACCGACGGUUCCUCAUUUGUGGACGAAGUCGAUAAAGUCAUAAAGUGUGGCUGUACAAAGUGCCCCUCCUAAAUAUGUAACCGUCACGAGUCUUUUGACAAAGUUGUAUACCUUUUGACCGUGUUGGACUAAUUCAAAUUUCAUAGUGGAAAAUAUUUUGAAUUAUAUUGUAAAAUACAGAAACAGACUUAUUUUUAUUAAGAAAAAAAAUGACAUUUUCUUCACUGGCAAUGAAAAAAAAAAAAAAAAGAAGCAAAAAAUGUAAGUUCUUAUCUAGGACUUCUAGUAAAGAAGAAGAUAUGUCAGAAGGACAUUGACACACAAGUCUAAGUAGAUCUCUCCUGCGUGAGAGGAGUUGCAAUUGCUAAUCAACAUGGUUUGCUAUUUACAACAUUCUGAAGAUAAAGAAGAUUCUUGAUGUGUUCUGCCAUCAAGUUGAAAAGUCGUGGGGGGGUUUUGUCCCGGAUAUGAGGUUUGUUAAUUGGCUGUGACAUAUCAGCCCUCUUCAGCCCCACCGAUGGGGAAACCACACAAUUAUGAUAAAGGAAAAGCUGUGAAUGAUAAGGGAUCAAGUUGAAAUCCUGAAGCACUGAGUGCACCCCAACUGAACCGCUGAAACGUAUCGGGAGCUCUGAUGCAUUUCAAGUCAUCUAGACAAGAGCCAAGGAUGGGACUGAGAAUUAGCCCAGAGUAGACUCAUCUUUUCAAUCUGUUAAUGUCAUGUGAUAGCACAAGAAGCAUACGGAGGUCUUCAUCUAGCCUUUUCCAGUAUUAUUUUUUUAUUUUGUUUUAUUUUUGUAAUAUAAAAAAUUAACUAGGCCAUUGGAAAACAUAAAAAAGCAGGUAGUUUUUUUUUUUUUUUUAAUUAGGAAUAAUUUUACAACUUCUAAGGAAAAAAAAGUUUAUAAGCAGUAUUCAGAUUGAAUAAGACAUAUUUAUUGUACCAGAGUACAUCAUUGUUAACAAUUUUAGUUUAUCCCUUUUUUCCAAUGCUUUAAUAUAUAUUAAUUUAUAUUUGUCCUGAUAUUUUUCUAUUUUGAUAAAUGCAAAAUGACUCAAAGGUCAGGAUUUUUUUUUCCUCUUCUAGAACUAACAUGUGUCAGAUGAACUAGUUUUUGUGUUCAAUAAUGUGGUUGUGAUAUGCGCUGUGUGCUCAAUGUUAGGGCGCAUGGUGACAAAUGUACAAUAGAGUGUGUUUACAUUAGAUCAAAAAUGAUAUAGAAGUAUUUUCCCUACAUAUAAUAUAAAUUUAAUGUAUAUUUACGUAAAGAAACUAAAAUUGUGUUGUAGGCAGAUGAACGUCACUAGACUAGAGGAAGUUCCUUAAUUUUCCCCCCAUGAAGUUGUAUCUGUUUUUAGAGCAGAUUAUUCCGUUCACAACUGUGGCUUCCCCCGUAAUGAAACUACCAUAGUAACACGUGGUUCCCAUGUUAAUAAGCUGCUGCUAAAUCCAGUAUAUGAUUGUUAAUGGUCGGUAGUGGGCUGUGUUCUCCUUCCCUUAAAUAAAGAAACAAGCAGGCACUCUGUACAAUACAUUUGUUAUGUUCAACAUUUUUUAUUUGUAUUUACAAAGAAAUUAGGUGUACAUGUAUAAUGCAGUGUGCUUUGUCAUAUUUGGACUGAUAUCAGUAAUGCAACUGAUGUUUGUAAAUUAAACAGAUAUUACUUCCAUA